CAAAUAACGCGUAAUCACAGGUAAACACCCGGCCAACAAAGUGUUGCCCGUUCUUCGUUACGGUCACAGUGCUUCAAGUUAUACCGUACGUAAGUAAAGGUGAACAAGACACUGUGCAGGUCAGGCUGCUGCUACGUGUUCGCCAGACUAAUUUUUACGCGUAGGCACGAUCGAAUUCAAAUGGAAGACGCGCACAGAGUCUUGAAGAAUAUAUGGGGUUUCCCCUCUUUUAGGUUGUCUCAAGCAGAGGUCAUCGAGCGCCUGAUCGUAGACAACGAGAAUGCACUCGUUUUAUAUCCCACGGGAGGGGGCAAAAGUCUCACCUAUCAAGUUCCAGCGUUAUGCCUUCCGGGGCUGACUCUAGUGAUAUCCCCUCUCAUUGCUUUGAUGAAAGAUCAGGUUGAUGCCCUAGUUGAUCGUGGGGUGAAAGCUGCAAACCUGGACAGCACCCUGGACGCAGAACGAUCAGCCUGGGUCAAAGAAGAGGUUAUCUCAGGCCGUCUAAAACUGCUUUACGUGGCUCCUGAAAGACUGAAUAACGAAGGAUUCAUCACAAUGAUGAGCCACGUUAAAAUCUCCCUGCUAGCCAUCGACGAGUCGCAUUGCAUCUCGCAGUGGGGUGCAAGCUUUCGGCCCGAGUACCUAAAGAUUGCGCGUUUUGCGGAGGAAAUGGAUGUAGAGCGCGUCCUCUGCUUGACGGCAACCGCCACUUCAAACGUGGCAGAAGACAUCUGUAAAUCCUUCUUCAUCGAUGCUCAGAAAGGCGUUUUUCGUACCCCAGUGUACCGGCCGAAUCUGGCUUUGCAAGUUCGAGUCGCAAACAGUCUAGAUCAAAAACUCGAUACUCUUAUUCCCUUUUUGAAAUCACGAACUGGACCUGCAAUCGUAUAUGUGACACUGCAGAGACACGCACAAGAGGUUGCUGAUCAUCUUCGCCCUCAUGGAAUGGAACCAAUGGUGUAUCAUGCCGGAUUGGGCGGUGAAGAGCGUGCACGUGUCCAGCAGCAAUUCAUGGAAUCAGAGAAAGGCAUAGUUUGUGCCACCAUUGCUUUUGGUAUGGGAAUCGAUAAGGCCAACAUCCGCCAGGUGGUCCACCUGUUUAUGCCGAAGACUCUGGAGAACUAUAGUCAGGAAGUUGGCAGAGCGGGACGUGACGGUUUACCGUCCACGUGCUUGAUGUUCCUUUCUGCACCAGAUAUCCCUAUUUUGGAAGGAUUUUGUCGCGGCGAUACGUGCAGCAAGAGGAGCAUCCACUUAUGGCUCCAAGAAGUAGUGCUCAAAACGCCUGAGAAGGAUGGCACGUUGAGCUUCAACCAUUACCAACAAUCUAGAGAAUAUGAUAUUCGCGCUAACGUCCUGGGCUUAUGUUAUGCACAACUCGAGCUCGACUACAAUUACAUCCGUGCUGUGACACCAUUCUACUCUCAGUAUAAUAUAUCGUCGCGCACAGCCGACGGGUGGCAAAAAGUACUUGGUGAUAAAUCCGAAGCAGCAAAGACAAUUAAGAUGUAUUGGAGCCCGCGUUAUCAGAUCGAUUUAGUCGUCGCAGCUCAGCAGUCAGGCCAGAAUCGCGGAGAUCUCGCGAGAAAAAUAAGUGAUUGGGAGCUCAGCGGUUGGGUCAAUGCGAAGCCUUCGCAAGUGAGAGCACGAUACAAGAUAGUCAACCCUCUCCCGAAAGAGCAAGAAGACAUAGUAAAUAUUGCUGAGAUGAUGUACAAGCGUAUGCUUGAUAGGGAGGAAGAGGCCAUAGUCAAGCUCCGCCAGGUGAUUGAUUUUGCUAUCGACGAUGAAUGUUUAGCGCAAGGUCUUGCUUCAUAUUUCGGGGAUGGUACCAUUCCUACCGGCUUGUGCGGGUCAUGCACCUUUUGUCAAACAGGCGACCGCAUAACUUUUGAGUCAGGGGCUGCCGCUCGGCCUGAUCCCAUGAAGAUCAAGGCUAUCCUGAACGCAUGUCCUGAACGCGACGAUCCUCGCCUCCUCGCGCGCAUGGCAUUCGGUGUUACCUCUCCCAGGUUGACAGCAGGAAAGUGGUCCACCAGUCAUGCGCUGUUCGGCAGUAUGGUAGAAGUUGAUUUCAAUACUCUGGUGGAAGCGUUCGACAAAGAAUGCGCAAGAGUGGGCUAUGCGCAAGCUGACAUCCCGGUCUCCACGCUAACAAGCAAGAAGCGCCCUGCGUCGCAGUCUGGGUCCAACAGUCGCGGUGGAUCGAGCAGAGGAGAAGGAGGCACCACCAAGAGAGCACGAGGCUGGUGAAUGAUUCAUGGAUCCUGUGUUACCGCUCUCUUUACUGUAUACAGCUUCUAAUGUGCACUACAAUUUGAUUACGUAAUUGAGCACUGAGUGAUCGGUUC